AAUUCAUCCUAUGAAAGCAUUAUUCAGAGAGAUAUUUACAGAACCUUUCCUGCUCAUGAGUUAUUUGUUGACCAAAAUGGUGCUGGCCAAGAAUCAUUAUUUAAAAUAUGCAAGGCUUAUUCUAUUUAUGAUCCAGAAGUGGGAUAUUGCCAAGGUCUGUCAUUUUUAGUUGCUGCAUUGCUGUUACAUAUGCCUGAAGAGCAGGCUUAUGGUGUUUUAAUGAAAAUCAUGUUUGAUUACCACAUUCGUGACAUGUUUAGAAAUGGAUUUGAAGAACUUCAUCUCAAAUUUUUUCAGCUUCAGAAAUUAAUGGAGGAUCAAAUGCCAGAACUGGCUUCUCAUUUUGAUGACCUUGGAAUUGAAGUUCAUAUGUUUGCUUCACAAUGGUUUUUAACACUUUUUACUGCUAAAUUUCCAUUGGUAGUUGUGUUUUUCAUCAUAGAUUUGUUUUUGCUUGAGGGCAUGGAUGUAAUUUUUCAAGUGGCUGUGUCUUUGCUAAUGCUAUCUCAAAAAGAAUUAUUAGCUUUAGAUUUUGAGGGUGUCUUAAAGCAUUUUCGAGUGUCUUUACCAAAGAAAUACAGAACAGAAGAAGCUUCCAAAAUCUUGAUUCAGAAUGCGAAGAAAGUUAAAGUUAAGAAAUUGAAAAGGUAUGAGCGUGAAUAUGCAGCUCUUAAGGAGCAAGAAAAAUUACAAGAAGAUCCAAUAAAAAUCCUUCAAAGAGAGAACAAACGGCUCCUUGAGAGUAAUCUUCACCUGGAUAGAGAAAAUGAUGAACUUACCCAUGAACUUAUUAAUAUAAAAUUGCAGCUACGCAAUGAUCUAGUCAAAUCUGAUGAAAAGGUAGAAUCUCUUUCUAAAGAGCUGCAGGCAGCUACAAUUACAGUUUCAGAUUUAGAAGAAGAAAAAAAGAGACUUUCAUUAGAAGUAGCGCAACUGAAAGAAAUGUGCCGUCGAGAACUGCACAGGGCAGAAGUCGAAAGUACUAGGAAUGCAAAAAUUAUUUCUGGUUAUAAGCAGAUUUGCCAUCAGCUUAGUACUAGACUUGAGAAGGAACAAGCUACAGCUAAAAAGAAUUUAGAAUUAAUAAAGGCUAAAAUGGAUGCCUGUGAGUCUUGCUCCAAGUAUUUGAAGACCAUUGUUCCUAAUUCAGAUUCAGGUAAAAUUUCAAAGGAACUUUCUUCGAACCAAGAUGCUGAGAAUGAAGAAAAUGACAGUCAGGCAAGGGAACUUGAAUUGGAGCUCGCUAGAACUAAGUUGGCUUUAGUUGAGGCAGAAUGUAAGAAUCAGGAUCUAACUCACCAGCUGAAUGCUGCUAUGAAUGAACUGCAGACAUCUAAAAACACGUGGUUUCAAAAAACAUUCUCUUCAAUACGUGAAGCAGCAAAGAAAGAAAAUUUAGCAUCAAAGGACAAGGAAACAAGCUGAAUUGAUUGAAACUAUAAAUUCUGCUUGAUUUUCUUUACAGCUUUGAUUUUAAUUUUGCUUAGGGACCAGAGUGAACAUACUUUUCAUUACUGUAGAUUAUUUUCUUUUGUUUAUAUAUAUAUAUAUUAUGUAUUAUAUAAAUAAGUGUACAGCUUUUGAGCAUUUUUAUAUGAAUGAGUGUGUGUAUGCAUAACUUGUAUAUCGGUAUAAAUAAUAUUUCAGAUAUUUUAAGAAAUUAAUUUUUGUAAAUCAUAAUGUCCUUGAUUGUUUUUGCACUCACUGAAAAAUAAAUAACUUAUCUCAGUCAAGUCUUUUUAUUUCAGUAAUAUUUGUUAUAUGUAGUGCAUAAUUCUGAACUCAUUUUAGGCUGUAGUUAUUUAUACUGUUUUUUGGUUAUUUUAUAUUUUAAGAAAAAUGCGUUAAAUAAAAAGCAUGCUUGAAAGAAUGUCAUGUGAAGUUUUGAUCAGGUUAUUGUGUAUUAGAUGACUAUUUUGCUCUACUUAUUUUUAUUACUACUUUCAUUACUAUAAUUUUAGCAUCUUUAUUUUCAUAAGAAAUAAUUCUCAACAUUAUCGUUCUUUCAAAAGUGGAACAAGAUCUAAAAUAAAUAUUUUUCAUUCAAAUUUGGAAUUCAGACACAUAAAUUAUUAACUUGUAUUAUUAUCAACAUAUUUUCUUAAUGCAUCUACAAGGGCUGAAAUUUUAUGCCCUUGUACACAACCUGUGAAACAUUAUUUUGAAUCAAAAUGUUAGCUUUAUUUUAUUAAAAUAACUUCAUCUUUCAAAGUAUUAAAUUUCAUUUAAAAGAUCAAUCAUCAUACUAGUGAUUAUACCUGUCUGAUAACUGCCAACCUAGAAAAAUAAAAUUACUUGAUCCUAUGAAGAUAUAUCAGUAAAGAAAAAUUUUAUUCAGGCAUUGCUGUUGUAAAGUGGUAAGGCGAAAUUUAAAUGACGAGACAAGAUGAUUUAGCUUUUAAUUGCACAUUUUUAUUUAAUCCAAUUAGCAGAUCAUUUUUCUUUUAGAUGAAAACUCUCUACAUUACAUAUCCAUAGUGAUUUUAACUAAGUAUGAUUGAAUUUAAAUUUUUUGCAUCAUCACUAUUUCUAACAAAUGAAAGAAAGAUAGACAGAGCAGUGCAGAGUCUUGUAGCAGCGAUAUUAGGAAGCAGUGUGACUGAAAAAUGGUGCGUACUCAGUAUUAGUAGCGGUUACGUAAUAGGCUAGCAUAUUCUAAAAGGUACUGGUCUAGGGAUAAGUCUUCAAUGCAUCAUCACAUAAAGGCAAACUGUCAUUGAAUGCUUGUUUAUACACUUGUUUCAGGCUGAAAUCGGUUUCACUACUUUUAAUAUGAUGCAAAUAUGGACUUAUGGCUGUUGAAAAAUUUAGUUUUGGUUCUCAGACUUUCCUGAAUUCCAUAAUGCAGCACUUAACGUGAAGGAUACCAAUCCCUGAUAUAUACACCAUGUCCAUAAAAGUCCAUAUAGUAUGAGCUUUAUUUUUGUACUUAUUAGUCAUAGACAUAUACUUUUAAUUAUGGAAAUAAUUCAAAUGAUACAAAUAUUCAGGUUUUUCAUUUCUAAAUUAAAAAAUAUUAAUUUUUAAAAAGUUAUGAAAUUUUAUUUUUAUAUAUUCUCCUGGCUCUUAUACUUACAUUUAGGAAAAUGUAGCAUUCUUUAUGAAAAAUAAGAUACAAAAUUUUUAUCACGUGCAUCAUGAAAAUUGACAGAUAUUUUAUUUUAAAAUUGAAGAUCUUGUUAAGAUCAUGUACACAAAUUCAGGAGCUAAAUUUUUGCAUUUGUAUAUAAAUAAAUAUAAAAUAUCAGUUCAGAAAAUGGAUUCUGAUAUGCAUUUCUCAUCAGUUUGUCAUAAAAAGUAUGAUUAGUAUAUAUAUUUUUAGAGGUCUUAUUUACAGAAAUUUCUGUGGCAACUCCAGUAUUGGCAUAUAGUCAGUUCACAGCGUUAUUUGAAUGAAUAAAAAGUUAAAAAUAUUUCUUGUUUAUUUAAAUUUUGUAAGAUUAUUACAAAAUAAUUCUAAAGCAAUAAAACUUGACGAGAAUAUUGAAUGCAUAUUUUUAGUACUUCAAAAUUUCCAUAUUCCAUGAUAAUUCCUUCAACAGACCAGUCAUAAAAAAUUGAUGAAUUAAUUGAUGAAUGUUACACACUAAUAAAUCACAAAAGAAAGUCAUUGAAUGACAUUUAAAGGGAAAAAAUUUAAUCUCGAAUUAAUCUAUUUUACUUAGUAACCUAUUCCUCAAAGUUACUCUGGAAUGCGUCAGGUAUUAUUAAAUUUAAAAUUAAAUAUCUCAGUCAAUUUUUGUUUCAAUUUCUGUUGCACAGAGUGAAAUGUUUUGUGUUUUAAAGUUUCGUAAUGAGCAUAAAUUUUCUCUUAAAUGUAAGUAUAGGGCCUGGAAGAUCAUAUAGAAAGCUAAAUUUUGUUAAUUUUUAUAAAAUUGCAUUAAUAAAAUUUAAACAAAUCAUUAAUUAUGAUCUUUAAUUUAAAAAUAUCUUAACUAUUUUUUAUUGUAGGAGAGUGAAUUGCUUUGUGUUUUAUUUUUUAUAAUGGUGUGCAAAAUUUUCCUAAAUAUAAGUAAAAUUAUUGGAGGAACAUAUAAAAAAUUUGAUUUAAUUUGUUCUAUAAAACUGACUUUUUUAAAAUGUGGAAAUAUCUGAAUAAGAAUACUUGCCUCAUUUAAAACCUUUUUGUAAGUGUAUGUCUAUGACUGACAGUUGUUGAAGUAAAGGCCAGGUAAGGACUUUGUAGAUAUGAUAUAUAUAUAUGUAUAUAUAUAUACACACACACAUAAUUAAUUUACUUAUUAAAGUUUGUUAUAUGUAAUGAUGUAAAAUGUCAUAGACAUAUUUAUAGAAUAGAUAUGUCUCUCAUACUUCAAAAACAUCAAGGCACUUUUGAUCCAUUAUUAAUCUGGUCAACCAUAGCAUGCAUAUUGCUUACAAUUACUUGUGAUUGACUGAUACUUAUGUCAAUUUUUAUGCUCUAAGUUAUAUGAAAUGUUAUUAUUAUGGUCUGGUAAUCAUGAUUGUGUUGUCUUUCAUUUGAGCUUCCUUUGCAGUCUAUUAUUGCUACUAACUAACUGGGACUAUUUGCCCCAGUCAUCUAGGAUAUUGUGAUAAUAACCUUAGACUGCAUGUGAAUAAAUAAUAAAGUUAAAUGAAAUGUACCAAUAUUCUUACAGUACAAAUUAAGUAUGCAUUCUUUACAAAGCAUUCUAGCAUUCUUUACAAAGUUACAAUUGCAUUUGGCAAAUAGGCCAGGUUUCUUAAGUCAUAUAUUUGUCCCCUAAUUCCUUAAAAACAUUGCAAAAGUAAAAACCCAUUUAAAAGUGAAUUUUGUUUACCUAACAGGGAGUAUGUGUCCAUUAGGAACAGAAUGGUUUAAAGUAUUAUUAAUUAUAACAAAAUAAAUUAUUCUUAAGGUUUAAAGUAUUAUUAAUUAUAACAAAAUAAAUUAUUCUUUAAGGUUUAAAGUAUUAUUAAUUAUAAGGACCAAAAUAGGUUAAAGUAUUAUUUAUUAAUGUCAGUAUGGUGGCAUCAUCCUCUUACUCGCAUGUGUAACACAUACCUCUGCAAGAUUUUAGCAAAAAAAAAAAAAAAAAAAAGUUUUUCAAAGUUUCACUAUAAGUAUUCUGGAACUGCUGCUAUAAAACUGUGAUGAGAAUGCAAAGGGAUAAUUCACAUUGGAAUAGCUGCUAGAAAAGUAUUAACAAAAUACAUUUCUUUUAUUUUAGCUCUUUCUCGGUUUGUGCUAAUUAGUAUUAAUAAGUUUAGUAAUAUUGGAGACUGGUAUCUUCAAAUUCUGUAUACUAUUAAUUUAAAAUUUUUGUUAAAUAUUGGGCCUAGAUGUCUUGCUUUUUACAUAUUUAAGACAUCCUUAUGAAUUUUUAUAUGUAAAUAUAAAA